AUGAUCCAAGACAGACAAUCUGCUCAGAAGAAUCAGAAGAUGAAAAGAAAGGCGACAGAAAAAGAAGAUCCCCGCAUUGAAGAAGCGUUCAAAAUACUACAACAACCCAUACAAGAAGACUCAUCUACUUUGUAUGCAAAAUAUUUGGCGGACCAACUUAAUAAAUUGAAUCCAAAAACCAUUGUUAUACAUAAAAUCAAUAAUAUAAUUUUUGAGGCCACAAUAGAAACCUAUGGUACCAUACCAUCUACGCCAAGUUUAAUAUCUUCCCUAUUCGCUUCUCCAACCAAUACAUCUCUUUCUUCACCUGCAUCCCCGCCACCAAUUUCCAUUGAAGUUUUGGACACAAGUAAUGUGAUUACUGAAGUUCCACAAAUUCACGCAUCAGCAAACGAAAACAGCCAAUUAACCGAAAAUGUAAUAGAAGAUUUACAAGAGUUUGUCUACAUGGUGCAGCCUUAA